AUGGCUUCCAUCUUUACCUACCAGGAUGAACCUCCUCGAAUACAUUCUCCUUGGUCCACUCCAGGAAGUUCUACUCCUCAGCCAUUUCAUCACUCGCGUGAACAUCUUUACAGUGGCGGGGCCUAUGUCACACAUGCGCUCAUGAAGCUGGAGCCAGAACGCCAGGACGGUCCUACAGAGUACAAACUUCACCUCCUCCUUCGUCCUAGGCGGAAAUUCCUCUCCACGACUACCUCAUCCUCCAUCCCUGGGUCACAGCACUAUACGCCCAUAGUCCAAGCCGCCAUUGAAUCGAGUCGCUCCCUGGGUGACUCUCUGUUCGAUCGUCCGCUAUCACAGCCUUCGGCACAGACUCGUCAGACCAGACUACAACAAUUGACCACACAACUCUUAUGGAGACUACAACAGUCUUCGCCCUUCCAUUCUUCAUCAAACGCAGACCUGGUUCUGCCGCUGCUUCCUGAAGCGACUCCAAGAUUGGGAGUUCCAGAACGUCCAGCAAAGCUGCUGCCAGGUCUCGAAGAAAGCCAGGGCGCCCUCUAUGAAAUCGGUGUGGCCGAUGAUGGCAUGCUAGCAGGCUUAGUCGAAGAUGAGUUACAAGAGAGUCUAACCAAUUUAAAAGCCAUGGCCGCAAGCCUCGGCUGUACCACCAAUAUACUGCGGAAAGUUCCAGUCGGAGCGUGCGAGUGGGUUGACAGCGACAGUGAAACCGGCCACACGGAAACGCGCAAAGACGUGCUCUGGGUUGCUGAAGUACUGGUUUACCCAGACACACGAGGCUCAGCCGAUGCCGAUAUCCCAAGAACAACCCUUGAUACGUCAGUCGAUUCCUCUCGACCAGAGGAUGUGUCAGACUUGGUCGACCACGCUUCGACUGAUCAAUUUCGAGUGACACUAGUUGGAACUACAGCUGCUGGGAAGUCAUCUUUACUGGGAACCUUGUCGACCUCUACUUUAGACAAUGGACGGGGCAAAAGCCGGCUGUCGCUCCUUAAGCAUCGACAUGAGAUCGCUUCGGGGAUCACUAGUUCUGUUGCACAUGAACUAGUAGGCUACUCGGAGAAUCGACACGCUCAAGCUGCUGUUAUCAACUAUGCGUCAGGUAAUGUUUCCUCUUGGCUAGACAUCCACAACCUGGCUCAGCGUCUUGUCUUGCUCUCCGAUUCGCCUGGUCUUCCAAAAUUCUCGAAGUCUGCUUUCCGAAGUCUGAUAUCCUGGAGGCCUUCUUGGACCAUUUUAUGCGUCGCAGCUGAUGGCAGUAGCGAGGCAACAAACCGAACGGCUGCAACGACUUCUCAAGGAUAUAGUCAUAGCGGAAACGCCGAGAGCUGGGACCUCUCACUCUCGUAUCUGGAUUUGUGUUUGCGACUAAAGCUGCCAUUGGUGGUGACCAUCACGAAAAUGGACAUUGCGACCAAGGCAGGACUACGACGUGUUCUUGCAAAAAUUCUCUCCGCUCUCAAGGCCGCCGGUAGGAAACCUGUCAUGCUGAGCAACGUGCCAGGCCCCCAGCCUGCUUCAGAACAAGGACUCGCUCGCCCAGGACUCCAAGUCAUAUACGAAAGGGAUCAGGUAGAGGUUGACCGCCUUGUUGGAUCGAUGCGAAAUGACGCCGAGCAGAGUACGGUCCCAAUUCUAAUGACUUCCGCUAUUACAGGGGUUGGAAUAAGCAAAUUGCAUGCAUUACUUCGAAGCAUGCCCUCCACGUGUAGGCCGAAGCAAUUUCCCUGGCGUGGACAUGCUACGAAUCCUGCUCUUUUCCAUAUCGAUGAGGUCUUCAGUAUCCCUCCAUCCCGCGUUUUCACCUUGGAUACCGAAAAUAAAAUCGCAAAACAGGGGAUAGUGCUUUGUGGACAUCUCUCUUGUGGUAUCCUGUCUGUUGGCGAUACCAUGCUUCUAGGGCCUUUCAAUCUGGACUCUGAUGGUUUAUCCGCUAAUGCCUCUCAGUCCGCGUUGAGCGCCAGUUCCUAUGCUGCUGGUGAGUCUUUAGAUACAGAGGGACUACCAUCAAGUGUUCUCGCUCGCUCUUAUCAGGGAGAGACGCCACGGCACUCGAAUCAAAGAUACCAUACUUGGGCGACAUUUCUCCAGGUCCGCAUCGUGUCCCUUCGCACUUUACGGCUUCCAGUAAUGCGUAUGCACAAUGGAGAAACAGGCACGAUUGGCGUCGAACUCCUGAACGAUGAGCACGCCACCAUCGCGCUCAGCAGGGCUCGCAAGGGUAUGGUUCUUGCCGAUGUCACCCAGAAUCUGGCGGGCUACCGUUCGUUCUCCGCGAGGUUCCCUACCUCAGACUUUGCACAGACAACUUCACCAGUCCUGAUUUUAGGGGGGCAUGCAAUCGUGUACAUCAACAGUAUUCGUGCUGCUGUCAAAGUGACGGCAGUCGCGCUUGAUGAGGGCGAGCAGUUUAGCACAAGGGCGGUUGCGACGUCUUGUCGGGACGACUCGGAGCUUUUUCACUUUGACAUUGGCGAUGAUGAUGAUGAUGAUAACGGUGCUGCUGUCGAGGUAUGUGGAGAUGGCGACGGCAACGGCGAAGGCAGCAAGCCCAACGAGGAGAGGAGAGAAAUCAGGGUAUCUUUCCGUUUCGUCAGCACGGUCGAGUGGAUGGAAGUGGGCGACCAGGUCCUCGUUGUCCCUACCAUGACUGCGACCGGGCCGGUGACAGGUCCAGCACCGGCUUCGAACCUGGGCGGCCUGGCUGGAUUUAUCGGAACAGUAUGUGAGGUGUUUAGUUGA